CAGGCAGGCUCUGGGUCUCGGGGCGAUCAGGCCAGGCAACUGGUCACAGAUCUAGAGACCCGAGGGAGUCAGGCCCUUCCUCUGUUCAUCUCCUGCCUGGAGGACACAGGCCAGGACUCUCUGGCUUCACUCCUACGAACGAGUAGGCAAGCAGCAAAGCGGGAUCCGGAGGCCAUCAGAUCCCUGGACCUUGUGUCUGUGGAACUCAAACCAGAAGAACUGAGAGGGGUGAAGCAUCCAUCAAAGCCAACCCAGGGAAACCUCACCCCAGUGGUGCUGGGGCCCGAGGAGCUCUGGCCCCCCAAGCUCAGACCGGAGGUUCUCAGACCAGAAGUCUCUAGGCCAGUGGAUGUUGGUCCUGGAGGAUUCGGUGAUGGCUGUGCUCAGGGGAGCUCAAGGGGAAAUGCAGACUUGGCGUACGUCCUGGACGCGGACCCUUGUGGCUACUGCCUGGUCAUCAACAACGUGAACUUCUGCCCCGAGUCAGGGCUCGGCUCCCGCACCGGCUCCAACGUGGACUGUGAGAAGGUGCAGCGCCGCUUCCGCCUGCUGCACUUCAUGGUCGAGGUGCAGUGCGACCUGACCGCCAAGAAAAUGCUCCAGGCUCUGGUGCAGCUGGCACAGCGGGACCACGGCGCUCUGGACUGCUGCGUGGUGGUCAUCCUCUCCCACGGCAGUCAGGUCAGCCAUUUCCAGUUCCCGGGGGCCGUCUAUGGCACAGAUGGGUGUCUUGUGUCUGUUGAGAAAAUCGUGAACAUCUUCAAUGGGACCAGCUGCCCCAGCCUCAGAGGAAAGCCCAAGGUGUUUUUCAUCCAGGCAUGCGGUGGGGAGAAGAAAGACCCUGGAUUUGAGGUGGCCUCCACGGCCCCCGAAGACUCGGCCUCUGGCAGUAACCCUGAACCAGAUGCUGCCCCGUUCCAGGAAGGCCCCAGGACCUUCGACCAGCCGGACGCCGUGUCUAGUUUGCCCACACCCAGUGACAUCUUUGUGUCCUACUCCACCUUCCCAGGCUUCGUGUCCUGGAGGAACACCACGAGCGGCUCCUGGUACAUUGAGACCCUGGACGGCGUCUUUGAGCAGUGGGCUCACUCCGAGGACCUCCAAUCCCUGCUGCUCAGGGUCGCUGAUGCUGUGUCGGUGAAAGGGAUUUACAAACAGAUGCCUGGUUGUUUUAACUUCCUCCGGAAGAAGCUCUUCUUUAAAACUUAAUGAGACCAGGGCCCGUAAGCCUGCUUUAUCUGUCACCCAGCAGCCUUCCUGUCCCAGGCCUAGACAUGGCCGAGGCCUGGACUUUCCUACAACUGAAAGAUUUCGUAGCCUGUGUGGGGUCUGCUCCUUCACCACCAUGGCAGACGGGCUCUAAGCAGCUUCCAGGUUGGAGACAAGUGCCAAGCAAAGGAGCAGCAGCAGGACACCAUGGGUACUGUGGCCUCUUCCCCAGGCUGGUCCCAGGACAGCGCCUGGCCUGCAACUCCGUGUUUGCUCUGUACCAUUGACAGGUGCGGGGUCA